AUGCCACUAAUCAAAAAGCUUAUGUCCACUUGGAGAGCCACUCCAUCUUCUGAUCCAUCAUCAACAACCUCUUCCACAGAUUCGAACAAUGAUCAUUCAUUUUCCAACCGCUCUUACAUCAACAUUUUCCAAAAUCAAAGUUCACAUAACUGUUCAAUUCUCGCCAAUGAAAUUUUACUUCAAAUUUUAGAAUUUAUAAAUGAUUUCAAUUUCGAAUUUAUUGGAGGAGUUUUUAUGAAAGUUUGCAAACAAUGGUAUUGUGUUGUCGUGACAAGCCAUCCAAAAAUUGCUUUAGAUUUUUCAAGAUGUAAAAUUUCAAAAAACAAAUUUGAUUUACUUUUCAGAACCAAGAGACAAAAUAUUCAUCCGUUACUUCUUUCCAAUGUGACUGUACUCAAUUUAGAUGGUUGUUUCAUUGGAAAGAAAGGUCUAAAAGCUUUACAAAAUGUGAAUUUUUAA